AGCACUUAUUUAUUUGCAGUUUGUGAGUUAUUAUAUUAGUGUAUGUGAAAUUUAUUUCUUCGCAUUUAACACGAUAACUUUACUAUUUACAUAAUUUUUAUAAUUUUAUUUGAUGUAUAUUGUUUGGAUUUUAACGUACAUAUUUGAAUCUUAAGUUAUCUUACCUUAAAAAUACUGCAGACUAGCCUAAUUGCAUAUGAAACUUUUCUUCUUUGGGAAAUGAAACGAAACGUGUCGAAUCAUUCUUAUCGUGAUGAAAAAUUGAGAUCAUCACGCAGUGAAAAUUAUGAGAUUGGUUUACGAAAAACAGAUGAAGAAAGAUUACGACGUAGGCGCGAAUGGAUUAUAGAACAACAAAAACUACGAGAACAUGAAGAGUUGAAGAAGAAGAAGAUCUUAGAAUAUGAAAUAUGUCGUGCUUUCGAGAAAGGUUUACCACUGCCCAAAGGAACAUUUUCACAUCUCAGUUGCAAUAAGAGUAAAAGUAAAUCCCCAAGAAAUCGACACAGAACUGUUGUUACAUCAAGUACAUCUAAUACAUUUAUAUUAUCUGAAAAAUUAGAACCAUCAGAUGGUACAACACAUUUAUUUAAAGGGCCAGAAGGCAUACAAGUUGAUGCUGCGGAACUACGAAAUAUCAAAGUAUAUAUUCGCGGAAAUUCAUUCACAGAAGAUAUUCACAGAAAUGUACCAGACGAAGCAACUGAUAACCUACAACGAGAUAUUAUCAAUUUUGAAGAUAUUGUAGUCAAAAGAAGAGAGGGAGAGGGAUCCAAAUCUAUAUUUGAGAGAGAAGAAAUAAAAAGUGCAACAGUUAAAACAGAAGAAAUUGUGGAACGUCAUACAGUUGUUGCUAAUAAUGAAAAUUUGGAAAACAAGUCGGAAGCGAUUAAAAAAUAUACUACCUCAAGAAGUCGAAGUCCUCGAUAUAGAUCGUCCCAUCAUACCAGGUAUAAAGAUUCAAAACAUAAUAACAAGGAUAGUUACAGAAAUGAUAGAGAAAGAAAUCACAGUAGAGGUAGAAGUAGAGAGUAUAAAGAAAGAGUCAGGUGCCAUAGUCAAUUGCACACUGCAGAGGAAGAGCAUCUGCAUGAAAGAAAAAGUCAUAGGGAUCAUUCACGUUCAAGGGAACGAAAACAAAGAGAUUCUCAUCAUAGGUCAUCUAAAGAUAAAAGAUCUUAUCGAGAAAAAUCAAGAGAACGGUCCCGAGAAAGAAGAGAAAGAGAUAGGUCUAGAGAACAUAGGAUACCUCCAUCACAUUAUAUUGAACAUAUCCCUGUUCCUGUUUAUUAUGAAGGUUUUCCUCCAAGACCAAUAAUGGUUGGACCUUUGGUUCCAAUUCAAAGACAAGUACCACCUUUAGGAGGAACUAGGUAUAUGAUGAGACCAUUAAGACCAUUUCCACCACGAUUUAUUCAGCCACAUAUAUAUAGAUUUUGUCCACUUCCAAAUCCUAGAUUUAGCUCAACGUAUGGAUAAUUUAUGAUGAAUGGAAAAUUGCCACAUUAAGUGUCAGACAUUUUACAAAAAUUAAAAAUUCUUCGAAGUAUCAUAGUAAAGUAGAUUAUCUUUAACACGUUCAUCGCCCAGCGUGAUUCUCCUGUUUCCUGCGGGGCCCAAAUCCGACCGCUGGUACGCAGAACCUAAAUAGAGCGACAAGCGGGAGUUCAUUGUUUAUUGCCUUCGAUUCAUUGUAAAGAAACGAUUAUUUAGUUCUGAAAUGGAGAAAGCGAUAAGCUUUACAGCUAGAGUAUUUCGAGGGAUCUUAUGGCAGAUAUCUCAGAUCUUUCAUUUAGUCAAGAAGCAUACUUAUGAGACGUAUAUCAGUGAUUUUUUCAUCCUCAAAAUGUUCAGUAAACAGUAUGAAAAUAUAUUUGAAAGUGAGGAGAGUAGUGAUGACGGAGUCUAUAACUAUUGUUUGAAGUGCCUAAAAUCAUCCCAAAUGUGUUUGGAAUAUUUUAACAAAUGCCAUGCGAUAUAGAAUAAUGUAAUAUAUUAUCCAGAAUAUAAAUUAGUAAAAAGUAUGCUAUAUGUAACAUCCUAUAUUUAAUUAACUCGAACAAGAACAGCGUCACCCACACUUUGGUGACGGGGCCCCCACGGAAGUAUACCCGUCACAUAGAUAUGCAUGAUGUGGCGACGAACGUGUUAAUAUUAUUUCCAAAAUCUUAAAAUUUUUUUAUAUUUGAUGUAUUUGUAUGUGAAACUUGCUUAUAUGAUUUUAGAUGGUAAUAAUAAUAUUGUGUUCAAAUUGUAUUAAUUGAUAAUGGAUUGUGUAUUAUUAAAUUUAAAAAAUAUGUUAUGUA